AUGUUCUUCAUCGCACAGCAGCUCCGUUUGGAAGGCGAGAUUCAAGGAAAACAAGGUCACCUGUCCAUUAAUGAGGCCCUCAAAGAUAGGACAUCGCUCGAUGCGAUUCUUGUCCUGAUUGAUGGCAGACAGGAUCAAUUAAGACCCUCCGACGAGUACAUGCUCAAUGCCUUGGCGACCAUCUUUCCGCGUCACAUGAAUGAAAACGUUGGACUACUGUUGACGAAUUGCGAUGAAGAUAACCUAGAACUGGAGAUCAAAAGUCUACCUCCCGUGUUUACUAAUUUAAGGAACUGGACGAUUCAAGACCCGCUCUCUCUUUCCUCAUCGUACCAUGCGCAGGAAGGAAAGAAGACUGAUCGUGAGCGGAAGAGGCAAAUAAGAAAGCUAGAAGACAUUUACGAUGCAGCAGUUGAAACCUCGAACGAGAUUCUAGACUGGAUUGACAAGCUUCAAGCCCAGCAAACAAAUGAUGUGCGCAAAGUACAUAAUCAGAUAUACAGGAUUGAAGAGCAGUCUGAGUCUAUAAUCAAAGCAACCGUCAAUUACAAGACACAACGUCAUAAACUCAUUGUCCUGCGUCGAGAACACAAUAGGGCCAAAGUGCCAAGACAUAAGAUCACAAGUGAGGCUGAACUAAAACGGGUUGACUCGGAGCUCGCAAUUAAGCAAGCCCAAGUUAAGCAGGCUCGCGAAAAUCUUCAGCAGCAAGAAGGCCAUAUUGCCGAGACACGUGCUAAUCUAUUGGGUCUUAUCAAAUCCAUCGAUGAACUAUCCCUAGGUAUCAAAUACGCCGAGUAUAUUCAAUCUACGUUGAGGGCACUCCAAUAUUACAAAAAUCAGACAUCUAUCCAUCAUCCUGAAAGCCUUGACACACAAAUAAGGCGUUAUGAAAAGUAUAUACAAGUCCUUACAUUCCAGGAGUCAGAAGACGUCUCUUUAAUUUUGCCUGGUCUAAUUCCAAUGAAGAGCGUACUCGGGCUUCCCAAGUCCAAGAAGAGGCUUACCAUCCUUCUCGUCGGUGAAACCGGCUGCGGAAAAACCGCGUUCAUGUCAUUACUACUCAACUUGUUUCAUGGCUACGGCCCCUUUGAGCUGGAAGACGAGCAUGACGAAGGUGCCGAGUCCGGGUUGAACAAGCAAGAAAGCCAAACUACGGAUGCCACCUUGUACACCGUCACCUUGCCGGGUGGCAUCGAAAUCCAAAUACUCGACACCCCCGGGUUGGCGGACACGCGAGGAAUUGAACAAGAUGAGCAACACAAGGCCAAAAUCAACAAGGCCAUCCAAGAGUUCGUUGUUGAGAUCGAUGCAGUUCUCAUCAUGGCGAACGGUACUACAGAGCGUAUGCCUGCGGCUACGAACUACACACUCGGCACUUUGACUUCCCUCUUCCCUUACUCGAUCAUCGAAAACAUUGCGUUUAUCUUCACUCACUGCGAUUCGUUCACGCGAAACCUUGACAAGGCCAGUCUUCCUGAAACGCUGAUAAACUCUAGGCAGUGGACGCUGGAGAACCCGCUCGCGUAUCGCAAAAAGUAUCAACGCGAGGCUGGGGAGGGUGCAUCAGAGAGCACGCUGAAGGAAGGACGAGAUCGCCUGGAAACUAUAUACAAGAAGACGGUUUGCAUACUCAACGAAUGGCUCAUUUGGGUGGAGGGCUGCCAGGCUCAGCCAACUCAUGAGAUUAACCGAUUGUAUGAAACAAUGCUGAACAUCGAAUCACGGAUCGAAUCGGCUAUCUCGCUCAUCACUAGUAUUGGGGAACGUAGAAGAGAGGUUCGGGCUGCUCAGCAUAAUCUGGAAAAUCACCAAACAUUCAAGUCUGCGAUAGAAGCACUAUGUGUCGAAAAGGUUGAGUACUGGGGUCGUGAAGAUUCUGAGUUGAAAAAUACUUUGUGUAUUGCACCCGGUUGCCACCAGAACUGCCAUGAGAAGUGCGGGGUUCCUUACACUCUCGACCCAGUCAAACUUGGACGCCAUUGCCGGGUGUUUAGGCCGGAGAACGUCAGUUGGCUGUGGAAUUGGUUGCAAAGCGCCGAUCAGCUCGAGUCUCGCACUUGCAAGGGCUGUUCACACAAGGCCUCGGAGCAUCGACACUAUAAUAACUUGCAUGUGAAACGAACAAGACCUCUCCACCCAACCGCCAAGAGUGAUCUCGCCGAGGCAGAGACCAAGGAACAGAGACUAGAGAUUGCAAAGAAGGCGUGUCAAGAAGAGCUCGACCGAAUCCAAGUCGAACUAGACGCAGCUCAAGCCCAAGUCAACAGUCUUGUCGAUGAUUACAACGCCAAGUCUCUAAGCGGGGACUUUGCGGGGCACAUCAACUCUGCGAUCCAAAUGCUCAACUUGAGGUUGAAAGAACUCGAGUCCAAGUUUGGUACGGAACACGAGCAGGGUGUAGUUCGAGAUGCUAUCCAAAAGUUCAAGAAUAAACUGGAGGUGCUCGGGAAGUCCCAGGGGGAGAAGGGGGGUAUGUUGGGUCGUUUCACGGCAAGUGCUAGAGGAGCUGCGAAGGCCGUCUAUGACGGGACAAAGAAUAAAUUCAAGUGA